AUAACUGCAUUUGAAUUGAGUAAGCUUUUUCCCCUAGACUCGAAUUGCUCAACCAUAAAAUACGUGCUCUCAGAUUCCACAUAAAGCACUUGCAGAGUUCUUCUGGAGGCUUGGAGCUCUCUGUAAGCCAAGGAUUCCACAAUGAAGAGAUUUCUGGCUUUCCUUGUUGCAAUGGGCAUCAUAGUGACACUGGGUGAUGCAUACUGCUUUUCUAAACUCCACAAGCCAGGGGAGGCCAGCAAAGGGUGUAUCCUGGAAGGAAAACUAUACCACUUUGGAGAGAUUGCGAGGACAGAAAAUUGCUUCAGAUGCAGCUGCAACCGAGAAUCAAUGCAUUGUUGUUCCCUCUUUCAUACUCCUAUUGGUUAUGACAAAGAGAAUUGUAAAGUAGUUUUCAACAAGCAAAGCUGUGACUAUGACGUGGUGCAGAAGAGUGACCCCUCAAAGGAGUGUUUUGUCUAUUCUCGUGUGGGCUAACAAUCUGCCUGCUCCAAACCUCUUUGCACUGUCGAAUUCCUCCCUUUCCUACAGAUGCUUUGCCAUCACAGAGAAGCUCAAAGACAUGGGAGAUCUGGUAAGAGAGAGUACUUCAGUAGCUCACUUCUAAUCUCCUAAUUGUUCUAAUACAAUAAACAAGAUGCAUAAUGAAAUACAAUGUCUCAUUUCUGUCAUUACUUGCAAUGGUAUCACUGAGCUUUUUUGAAUACAAUAAAUCCAGAUGAAACAUCCAGAAA